AUGUCAUCAAAUUUUCAUGAUGAAAUACAUGAUCCCGUAAGUAAUUUAACUAUGCGACCAGUUCGAGGUAUUCUUAAAUCAUCGAAAAGUAUGGAUGAAAGUCGAUUAGAUAAUAAUCAAGAAAUCAUAUCAAAAUUAAAUGAUUAUCCAACAACGGGUAUGACACGAUCUGAAAGUAAAAGUCAAAAAAUUCCACAUUUUGAUGAAAUGAAUAUUAUUGCAACAUAUCAUCCAAUUAAUAAAGAUUAUGGUCAUAUGAAAAUUGAAGAACCUAAAACACCUUAUGCUCCAAAUGAUAAUAUUGAUGAAGAAAUGGAUAUUGGAGUUAAUAAUGAUGAAACAACAUUGCCAGGUUUUGAUCCUGAUACACUUGUACAAAGACUAAAUGAAUCUUCAAUACCAUCGUCUAAUUCAUCUCAAUUAGAUUUUAAUCGUCUAUCACGAAGAUCUAUUGAUGAGACUGCUGGAAUGUCUUCCGAAGAAUUAGAACAUCGUAAACAAUUUGAACAGCAUCGUAAACAACAUUAUAAUGAAUUUGAAGUUGUUCGAUUACGUAAAAGAGAAAUCGAAGCUGAAUUACGUGCUCUAGAACAAGAAGAAGAAGCAACAGGAUCGGGUUCAGAUGACAAACAAAGUGGAACUAUUAGUAUGUCUUCAUCAAAUGAUUCGAUCAAACCGAUUUUAGUUCAUCAUCAUUCAAGAGAUUCAACAUCACCUUCUCAUCAUCAACAUCAUCAUGUUCAUGUUGAAAGUGAUCAUCAACAUGAUGUAGAUGAACAUGCAUUGACAUUGGAAGAACAAGAACGAAAAAAACAAUUUGAAUUAAAACGAAAGAAACAUUAUAAUGAAUUUCGUGUUGCUCAUUUAGAAGAUAAAGAAGAUGAAAAAUGA